AUGCUUUGCGUUAGAGCUCGACCGCUAUUUUCCUCUCCAUCAUCAUUUUCUCUCGUUUUCUCCUCAACCAAACACUCCCCAACAUUCCAUCUCCGACGCCGAUCUCUCUCCGCUGUAACCACCACCAUGUCUUCCUCCUCUCCUCCGAAACAAAUCAUCGAGCACAUCGUCCUUUUCAAGGUCAAAGACGAUACUGACUCCAACAAAAUCACCUCAAUGAUCAACAAUCUCAACGCCCUCGUCUCUCUCAACCAGGUUCUUCAUAUCUCCGCCGCUCCUCUCCACCGUGUCAGAUCCGCUUCCGCUUUCACUCACGUCCUCCAUAGCCGAUACGGAUCGAAGGAAGAUCUGAACUCCUAUGCUGCACAUCCUGAUCACGUUCGCGUUGUUAAGGAAUCGGUGUUACCGAUCUGCGAAGACGUUAUGGCUGUUGAUUGGAUCGCUGAUAAAAUCCCCGGAACCCUAGCUCCGCCUUCUGGUUCCGUUGCUAAAAUCACUUUCCUUAAGGUGAAAGAGAAUGUUUCCGAUGAGGCUAAAUCGGAGAUCGUGGAUGUGAUUAAGGGGCUUCGUGAGAAAUUUCCAGGGAUUGGUCAGAUUACUGUUGGGGAAAAUUUCUCUCCGGCUAGAGCUAAAGGUUUUUCGAUUGCUUCGAUUGCGUAUUUUAAGGAUCUGGCUGAAUUGGAGUCUGUGGAUACUCAGACGGAUUUGGUGAAUUCGCAGAAGGAUAAGGUUCGUGAGUUUCUUGAUUCUACCAUUGUUGUUGAGUUUGUGGUACCUUCUAGCUUGGUUUCUGGAUUGUAG